GUCCAGGUGGCUGCGUGGGGCCAGGAAGCUGAAGGAGACAUGAGGCCGAGUGCAGCCCUGGGAGAUGGGUGGAAGCCAUUAUCUACUGAUGGACCGGGUGUCUCAGAUUCUUCAAGAUCAUAGUCAUAAUGUCACCAUGCUCCACCAGAGAGGAGAUUCUUUUAUAUCAGAUUUUAAAGAGGAGGAAAAAUCAUACCAAGUUAUGAGUUGGCUUCUGCCCGAAGAUCAUCAAAAAGAACUUAAUAAGCAUUUCAAUUUCUUUAUAGAAGAAGCUUUCAAUGGCAGAGCAAUAUAUGAAAACUUUUUAAAGUUCAUGGAACAACUGGGAUUUCAGUGCAGUCAUUUGCUAAGCAGAAGGGAUAUCAUGGAUUCCUUACAAAAUGAGAACUUUGACCUGGUGAUUGUUGACAGUUUUGACUACUGCCAUUUCCUGAUUGCUGAGAAGCUUGGCAAGCCAUUUGUGUCCGUUCUUACUGCCUCAUUUGCCAAUGUGGACUUUGGGCUCCCAAGCCCCUUGUCUUAUGUUCCAGUAUACAGUUCCUUGUUAACUGACCACAUGGACUUCUGGGGCCGAGUGAAGAACUUUCUCACUUUCUUUACUUUCUCAAGGAAGCAAUGGCAACUUCAGUCUACAUUUGACAACACCAUCAAGGAGCAUUUCCCAGAAGGCUCAAGGCCAGUCUUGUCUGAUCUCCUACUGAAAGCAGAGCUGUGGUUUGUUAACUCUGACUUUGCCUUUGAUUUUGCCCGGCCCCUACUUCCCAACACUGUUUAUGUUGGAGGCUUAAUGGCCAAACCCACUAAGCCAGUACCAGAAGACUUGGAGAACUUCAUUGCGAGGUUUGGGGACUCUGGUUUUGUCCUUGUGACUAUGGGAUCCAUGGUGGACAUCACUAGCUUCCAGGAAAUCCUUAAGGAGAUGAACAGUGCCUUUGGCCACCUCCGCCAAGGGAUGAUAUGGAAGUGUAAGCAUUCCCACUGGCCCAAAGAUGUCAAGGUGGCUGCAAAUGUGAAACUCGUGGACUGGAUUCCUCAGAGUGACCUCCUGGCUCACUCCAGCAUCCGUCUGUUUGUCACUCAUGGUGGGCAGAACAGCAUCAUGGAGGCCAUCCAGCAUGGGGUGCCCAUGGUGGGCAUCCCUGUUUUUGGAGACCAGCCAGAAAACAUGGUCCGAGUAGAAGCCAGAAAGUUUGGUGUCUCUAUUAAGUUAAAGGAGCUGAAAGCAGAGACAUUGGCUCUUAAGAUGGAACAAGUCAUAGAAGACAAGAGGUACAAGUCUGCAGCAGUGGCCGCCAGUGUCAUCAGACGCUCCCACCCCCUGACCCCUGCCCAGAGGCUGGUGGGCUGGAUCGACCACAUCCUGCAGACAGGGGGCGCCGCACACCUCAAGCCCUAUGCCUUCCAGCAGCCCUGGCAUGAGCAGUACCUGCUGGAUGUCUUCCUGUUCCUGCUGGGACUCACUCUGGGCACCGUGUGGCUUUGUGUGAAGCUGCUGGGCGUGGUGUCCAGGUGGCUGCGUGGGGCCAGGAAGCUGAAGGAGACAUGAAGCCAAGGACAGCACAGAGAGGGCUGCGUGUUGUCACAGACCAGUGGGUACGGAGCCUUAAAGUGGUAUAAGAAGGACAAAACCCACCUUCUUUAGUGUUGUGUAGAAAUGUGAU